AUGGCUUCUUUAACUAUCCUCAGCACCACCAAACCCUCCUCUCUUCCCUUCUCCACUCUCUUCUCCUCUUCUCUUCAAGAAUUCAAAUUUCCCGCCAAAUCACAACGACCCUUUUCCUCAACGGUCAAAAUUCGAGCCAUACCUUUCAAAGCCUGUGCUUUUCCCUCCACCAACAAUGGAGAGAAAGAUGAUUGCUUUUCAAAUAGAAGGAGAUUGCUUUUCAGCAUAUCAACAUUACCUUUUCUAUUUGGUUUGCAUGAAUUUGUGAAGGAUUUGGGAGCUAAAGCAGCCCGGUCAGAUACAUACACUUAUAUGCUCAUAAAGGAUGAAGUGAGGAAGGUAGUAUCCAAAGGCAAGGCUGCUGGUGUACUUCGUCUUGUUUUUCAUGAUGCAGGAACGUUUGAAAUGGAUGAGAACUCAGAUUUCUAUUGCAACUAUAUUCUUGACAAAGCAAAGGUUGAAGUGGAUGCAAUACAACAAGGUGGUUAUCUGAAAUACAUGAUUGCUGUGGCUGGAGCAGAAGCAGUUUCAGUUUGUGGGGGUCCAACAAUACCAGUUCAGUUAGGGAGACUAGAUUCGCUCGGUUUUUAUCUUCAUAGGGAGUCUGAUAGUGAAGGCAAACUUCCUCGAGAAACUUUGGAUGCGUCAGGUUUGAAGCAGAGCUUUAAAAGAAAAGGCUUAUCAACACGGGAACUUGUUGCAUUAUCUGGAGCUCAUACUCUUGGAAGUAAAGGCUUUGGAAGUCCAUUUGUUUUUGACAAUUCUUACUAUAAAAUUCUUCUAGAAAAGCCAUGGAAAUCUUCAGGUGGUAUGACAAGCAUGAUUGGACUUCCUUCGGAUCAUGCACUUGUUGAAGAUGAUGAAUGUUUGAGAUGGAUCGAAAGUUAUGCUGACAAUCAGAACAUGUUCUUCGACGAUUUUAAGAAUGCAUACAUCAAACUUGUGAAUUCUGGUGCAAGAUGGAAAAGUUUGUAA